AUGGCUUGGCGUGCGGAGAUGAAUCGGUUGCCGACUAAGGUGAAAUUGGUGAAAAGAGGUGUUUAUAUUCCUAAUACGCUUUGUGUUUGGUGCGGUUAUCAUGAUGAGACAUCUAUGCAUGUCCUUGCCGAUUGCAUCAUAGCGAUCAAUGUUUGGGAGCGGAUUGGGAAAUGGUGUGGUUUGGAGCUAAUAUAUGCGUUUGAAAUUAAAGAUUUGUUACAAGUGUACAAAAAAGUUUUGGGCGGCAAGAUGAAACGGAAAAUUGUGCAUGGUGUGAUGAUCGUGACGAUGUGGUCUCUUUGGAAAGCUAGAAAUGAUUAG